UUUUACUCUUUCCAUCAUUUCAACGGUGGAUUACAUCUGGUGUUUCUUGGGACUUUUUUUUGGCGGCCUCUUACGAUCUUACUGCCAAACAUCCUGACCUCACGAGGACACGUUUCGAGCAAGAUUGCUCAUAAAAGGAGAAAAUAAAAAAAAAUACUCCCAAAAACUUCACUAUGAACAAGAGUUUAUUAUAACAAAAAGGUUGUGUGAAAAGUAGAUAUUGAAAGCAAGCAAAAAUGAGAAGGUAGAGGUGAGAAAGAAAAAAGACAAGAGAUCACGAAUAGAUCUCAAUAAUAGCUAACAUGGCGCCGGAAUUACUGGUUCUGGGGAGCAGGAGCUGGGGCAGAGGCAGUAGCGGUAGCGGUAUUGGCCGUUGCUGUACCAGCUUCUUCCUUUUGGUGAUGCUUUCCGGUGACUUUGUCGAAUCCGGACUUGAGCGAUUCAGUGAAGCUGCCAUGGCUCUUUGGAGCGGAACUGGGAACUUGAUCGUCGUCGUAAUCGCCGACCUUGAACAAUCCCUGUCCAAGGGGAUGCUUCUCAGAGCUUUUUCCGUAUGGUUGUUUGAGGUUUCCUACGUCCAUUAUUGUAUAUUGGAGAGAGAAGGAAGAGAGUGAGAAAUGGUGACCUCAGGUUUUUAUGGUACUGGCUGAUUUGAGCCAAGCUCUGGCUGUUUC